AUGCAGGUCUUUGAUGCUGAUCCACUGGUGGGGUUCGGAGGAUCCAUGAAAGCAAAUUGGCUUGUCGCGAGAACGUACUUUCUGCAAGACAUAUUUGUUGGCUGCAAAUGGCUUGACAAUAUCAUCAUUGAACUAGCCCAGUUCUUCUCACAUCAGUACUCCAUGAUCCCCCUUGAGGACCAGGAGGAACUUUUACAAAUGCGGCUCUCAUUGAAGGAAGUUUUGGAUGAAGUUGGGCCUGUGCACAUGGCUGCACAACAGAAGAUGAUUGAUACUGCACACAACAUCAUGUGUGCGUCUCCUGCUUACAAGGAGAUGGGUAUGCAGAUCCUGCAACUACAUGACUCCGUCAUCAAUAUCUACAACAAGCACCUUGGGUUGCCCAACUGGCCUAAUGAAGAUGCGGCCGCACUGCAAAAACUGCAUCUGACCGACAGGCUGAGCGCACGUCGUUUAUACACAAAGUCACUAUGCACCUCGCAGGAUCCAAUGCCCAUACAGGUACAAGUCACUCCAUCUGGCAAGAAACGUAGGUUGGAUGCUGACGAUGACUGUGACCAUGACCUCUCUCUGACUGACCUUGAUGACCUUGUGUUCUCCGGCCAAUGA